UUUGUCAGUCAUAGCAGCUGCAAACUCCACAGCACUGCAGGCGUUUGAUUGGCUGCUCCCUUUUGUGGGCGCAGGGAUAUGCUUUUGAUUGACAUGUUCAGGGGUGGUUGAGGUGAAUGAUAGCAGUCGCUAGCCACUGCACAGCGAUUAGCCAAUCAUGGGGCAGUCCAGUGACAAUCCACAUACAGGAAUGGAGACUCAUCCUCAGAACUAUAGCUCUCACAAUGCAUCUCGAAUAAGGUUGUCUGGGUGCUGUCAGACACUGUGCAUAAAAUUGACAACUUGAUAAAUGACUGAUCAAGCUCUCUUGCAACAUAGGACAGUUUAUUCCAUUUAUUUAUCAUGAUACAAAACUAUAUAUAUUGAGUCACCCCGUCCUUGUUGGUAAGUGCAGGUGACCCAGAUGUCAAAAGUGUCUAUUGCAGCACUUUGCACAUGGGUCUCAGAGCACUGCUGGCCAUCCAUUAAUCUACAGAUGUUUUUCUUGGUUGUUUUUUUUUUCUUCCAGCCUGAAUUCUCCCUGAGGUCUUUGCAGUAAAGGUUAACUAGUCUUUUCUUAAGCCUUCACUGGAAGACAAAUCGCCAUGCUCACCUCAUGGGUCCCCCCCAUCACACAUCUUAUUCCCCCACUGCCUCAUUCCACUGUUCUCUUGGCGAGAGAGAGAGAGAGAGAGAGAGAGAGGACAAUGAAAAGGUGACUGAAAGAAAGAGGCCAAAAGGAGAAGUUUAAAAAAAUACUCUAAAAGAGGUCUGGUGGUAGCGGUGUCUGGAGGUGUACUGAGAUCAUUACACGGUUUUAGUUCUGUUUUUUCUACAUCCUUUCUGCAAAUGCAUUAGCAGCUUCCCUCUUACUGUGUAAGAUAUCUAUAGAUAUUCUAAAUUCAUGGUGCUUGAUGAUUAGUUAUUAAUAUGAUAACUCUGAAGCCUAGAUCUAAGUGUCAAGACAUACCAUGCUGAUGUUGAAGACACAACCAGAGCUGACUGAUGAUGGUCUCCCAUUGCCUUCCUUCUUCUGUAAAAAAGCAUUUUGACCAGUGAAGAGCAGAGAAGCACAUGCAUGAGUAGAAAGAACUUACCAUCUACGCAGGUGGCAGUUGUGUGUAUUACUUGUCAACAAAUGAAUAACUAAAGACAAAGCCAGCUUCGCAAACUACUGUACUAAAUAGCAUGGGCAAAUAUUUUGCUAUUUAUUGUGGGUAUAUAUUUUUGGUUUGGGACAAACUAACCUAGCUACCAUUUUCUCAAUUUCAACAGUGUGCUCAGCCAUUCCACUGUAAACAUGUAGCUAGCUGUAACGGAUUUGCUAGACAGAGAGCCCUUUUUCUGACUGUAAUAUGUGUAUCGUCUCUGUAAAUGUGUAUAUAUAUGUACUGUAUGUCUGUGUGUAAAAUUUAUUUUGAAUAAUAUUCGGUGAACGGAGAGUUGUGUAGCCAUGCUGUGGUCUGCCCUGACUUCAGACUGUGUUGCUGUGGUCUGCACUGGUGUGUCUUUGCUGGAGAUUUGCUGUCUGGUCUGCUUGUGUGCUUGCCGCAGCCGUAAUGAGAGCCUCUUAUGCUACAGCCAGACUCAGUCUAUGCUGAUUAGAGAUACCCUGGAGAGCUCCAGAAAUCUCCCUCCUCGCUAUUCUACGGUGUGAGCUGGAGCUACACUCAGCUAGAGAAAUAUGCUUCAUUUGAUAGUCCUGUCCUGUGUACAGUGUGUGUGUGUAUGUGUGUGUCAUUUUUACUGAUUCAUUACAAGAGUGGGUGGACAACAUGUUAUAAUAGCCAUGGUAAUAUCCCUUAUAAUAAGCAUCAUAAAAUAAAAGCCACAGUGGCCAUUCCUGUAAUUUCCACAUUAUUUUACACAUUAACGACCAGUGUGAUGCAUGUGUGAAAGGCCAAGGGCACGAGAGACUGUACAAUGCUCCGGCUGAAUGCAUUACAGUCGGUGUGUGCGGAGCUCUAAAACUGUUCACUUAUCACGCCUCAGAGUCAAUGUGGAGUGUGUGGUUGUUCACUUAUGUUUGUACAUAAUGUAUAUCCAGAUUUAAAUGGAACUGACCCAUGUUAUUUUCCAAACUUGAGUAACCGUUUACGCAGACUGGCUGUAUCAGUAAUUUAAGUAAUUUAGAUAAUUUAAGGCUAAUAAUAAAUGGAUAAAAAAGUAAAAUCAUUGAUAUUUGAAAGCUUUCUGUAAGCAGAGAUGUACUUGUGGAAGGACUCUCGACUGUCGGCACUUCGUAACAGUCAGUAAGUGUUUCGCCACAGGAGACUAAAACUCCAAUUCUGGUGUCAGCCAGAUGAGAUUGGGUUCGCUUUUGAGUCUGGUUGCUUUUCAGAUUUCUUCCUCAGGUCACCUCAGGGAGUUUCUCCUAGCAUUCUCUGGCUUGCUCAUUAGGAAUUAAUUAAAAUUUUACAGUUGGAUUUUUGUAAAGCUGCUUUGUGACAAUGUCCAUUGUUAUAAGUGCUAUUCAAAUAAAAUUGAAUCGAAUUUCGUUGGACUCUUCAGGACAGAUGACUUUGUGGUUUCUCUGUAACAGGACAAGCUCCAUUUUUUUUUCUCUUACCAACAUCAAGAGACAGGAAAAAGAGAGACUGGUGAGGGAACAACCAUUUACAGCUGCUAUAAUGUGUUAUAACAAGAAUUAGCCUGUCUCACUGGAGGUUCCACAACAUUAAGUGUAGCUAUAAACAGCUAAAAAGCAUGAAAUGAAAAAGGCAUGUCAUUCAUUUAUAAAUUAAAAAUAACAAUUGUAUGCAAAAUUGCUGUUGUUUUAGAGAAAUAAGACAUUAUAGGACAUACUGUUAUUGAAAAAUAAUCAACUUCUGGGUGAUAACACAGAUUAUUUUUCUAUAACAGCAUGCCCCAUCAUGUUUUAUAACUUACAUCAUAGAAUAGACUUUUGAAGCACUUUUUUUUUUUUUUUUUUUAAAAGCAGCUUUACGUACAUCAGCGCUUUAACCCCCAGCGUGUAAGCCAAGGGCAGCGAGCAAAAGCUCCCUAGGACAGAGCUAGAAGGAAAAAACCUUGGGAGGAACCAAGACUAAUCACCAAUUCUCCUCUGGCUGCCAUUGGGAAUCUGGGACUGGCACUGGGAGUUAUUUUUAUAUCUGUCUAGGAAUUGUGGUUCACGUAGAGUACAGACUAAAAGGUAGCUAUAGGGAUUUCAAUACGUUUGUUUUCACUGGAAUCAGUAUAGUUUUAGCUUUAAGUAAAGGAGACUCACUUGAAAUCAGCUGUCCAUCAAUGAAGAAGGAAUAGGACGUUAUGGUCAAAUGGCUCUAUAGAGGUUUGAAGAAUGCAGUCUGUGAGUCUGAUUUUGUCUGUGUGUGGUCUGGCUCCUGCUGAGACAGGAAGCAGACUAGUGCUGAGCUGAGUAGAGCUGGGCUGGGAUGCCAUCAGUCUCUGACUGAUCAGAUUGCCUGCCCUCUGUUGGACAGCGCAAGCUCGGUUCAGAAGCUUCAGCAGUCUAGUUCUCACCUCAUAGCAAACCUUUAAACUGAGAGCAAGCCUUAUUCUGUUACUACGGGUCAUCUCAGCUCUGUUUUUCAUUUUAUUUGCAUUGUGGGGAUUUGCGUGGUUGUCGCUGUGUAUAUAGUCAUCUGUCGAAUUUAGUUUAAAUGUUUUGUGCUGCAUUAGGCUGUUAAAGGUAAGUUGACACCAAAUAAGGUAAAUAAAUCUAGACCCUCAGCAGUUCUAGCUAUGGAUUUAUUGCAGUUCUCUUACUUCUGUUGUGUUUAUAGGACUGGACGAUAAAGCAGUAUAUUGUACUGUAGAUAUGAUAGAUGUCAUCCGUAGACUCUUUUAAGAGCACCUUGAGGAUAUGACAGAUUGUUACAAUACAUAAAGUUGGAAUGUGUUGUUCUUCUUUUAUUAUUAAAAUAAUAAUAAAUGAGCAUUUUGAAUUCCUGUAACAGAUAGUUCUCAUGGUUGUAAAAUAAUAGUAAAAUAACAGAAUAGGAUUUAAUAUUUUAUGUAGGCUGACAUUUCUCCUUUUUUUUAUAAUUUUCAUCAUUAUUUUAAAAUAAUUAAAAUGAUGAAAAAUGAAUAUUCUGUCUUUCUAUUUGAGCAGACGAGUUGUUUGAUUUGCUUUAUAUUUUCCUUUAAUGUCAGUAGUAUAUGUGCAAAAAGCAAUUUUUUGUACUGUCAUGUAAAUGUUAGACUGGAUAUGCACUUAUAUGAAUUAAUUUUAUAAUAUAAGCUUCUGCUCUCGGCUGGUAGCUUAUAAAUCCAAACAUUUCUGCAAAUUGUAGUUAAAUAUCAGUUGAACCAAUACAUUUUAUUAUUUAUGCUGUUAUCACUGAGCAGACCCGUGUACCGUUGUGCGCUAAGGGUUUUUUAUGGUAAAAUUUUACUUUUCCUCUGCUUGAUUUUCCUGUUAGCAAUGCACCUCUGUAUUUUAACCAGGACAAAGUAGCACUUGUUUUCUGUCUCAUAUUCUCUCUCAUCCCCCUCUUCCCUUAGCCUUUGAUGAACGUUUUGUCACAUUUUGGUUGAUUUACCCCUCUUUCUCUGUUUCAUUCUCUUUCCUUUGCUUGCUCUCUCAGCCUCCCUGUCACCCUCCUCCCUUUUGCUCUCCUCACACUCCCACUCUCUCACUCACCCCUCCUUCACUCGCUUUCUCUCUCUCGCUCAGCGGAGAGCCUGUAUAAUUCUUGUGGCUCAGGCAGCGCUCGUAGGCACAGCCAUGUGCAUCCACAGCUCUGAGAACUCGUCUCUGCUCUCCUCCCCGCUGCCUUAUAGAGGCUGAAAGGAGCCAGUGCUCUUUUUACUCCCCUCUCCUUUUUUUCCCUUUUCUUUCAAGUCCAUCCCUCCCUCCUCUUCCCCACCUUUCAUCUGCAUCUCUAGCCCUGCGCAACCUCUUAAUCGGUGGACUACUACAGAGAAGCACUCAUACAUCGCGUGUCGGAGAAGACAAAAGAGUGUGUGCGUUCCGUGUGUGUGUGUGUGAGACGGAGAGAGAGAGGGAGAGAGAGAGAGAGAGAGAGAAGUUGAGCGGAAGAGGUAGAGAGAGCAGGACUGCUGCUCACUGUUGAACGCUGAAGCUCAUUAUCACGUGUUUGCUGCCGCUGUCCACUGCUGUGCCGCUGUCUUCUGUGGAGAGGACAGACAGAGAGGAGAGGAAAAGAAGAUAGGAGAGGAGAUUGCAUGUACGGAGCCAUGCAUCACACAGGCAGCAUUGGCAUCAAGGCUAAAAUGCUGCCGCAGGAGACAGGUCGUCCCCUCCCUCCCUCCACUGCCUCCUCCAGCCUUCUACCACCGGCGCCCUCUCCUCCCACUGCCCCACUCCACCAAGCUCCACCCACCAUCAGAGAGUGCCAGGUGCCCCUGCUGGACAGCAGCUCUGCCCACACCAUGCUGGAGCCCCACCCAGAGGACCAAAUCUCCCCCAACUCAUACCUUCUAAGGGCCCAGCCUACCACAGGAGCUCCAAACCACCACAGCCAGUCGACACUGCGGCCCCCACUGCCUCCACCACACAACGCCCAGGCCCUGUCUCACCAUCAGACCUCGGCCAACUCUCUCAACCGCAACACACUAAGCAGCAGACGCAACCCUGUCCAUGCUCCACCCAGCGCCCCUGGGGACGCGCCCACCACACCUGAGUCAGUGCAGCUGCAGGACAGCUGGGUGCUCAACAGCAACGUUCCUCUGGAGACCAGGCACUUCCUGUUUAAGACAUCUUCAGGAACCACACCGCUCUUCAGCAGCUCAUCUCCAGGUUACCCACUGACUUCGGGCACAGUGUACUCGCCCCCGCCACGGCUCCUACCCAGAAACACCUUCUCUCGAAGCGCCUUCAAACUGAAGAAGCCCUCCAAGUAUUGCAGCUGGAAAUGUGCCGCUGUUACAGCCAUCACAGCCGCCACCCUGCUGGCCAUCCUGCUGUCCUACUUCAUUGCUUUAAACCUGUUGGGGUUGACCUGGCAGCUGAAGCCCGUGGAAGCUCCCGUGCUGAGCCACGGCUUGGGCACAGCAGGCAUGCCUGGCACCAACGAUGAUACCACAGGGCCCUCUGGAGGCAGAGGGCCUGGUGCGUUUCGAAACAGCAGCAUAGAUACAGGAAAUCUGGAGGUAGGCAGGCGGGUGACCCAGGAGGUGCCACCAGGUGUCUUCUGGAGAUCCCUGCUCCAUCUCAGCCAGCCCCAGUUUCUCAAAUUCAACAUUUCCCUGGGAAAAGAUGCACUUUUUGGGGUGUAUAUCCGCAAAGGCCUGCCCCCAUCUCAUGCACAGUAUGACUAUAUGGAGUGCUUAGAUGGGAAGGAGAAAUGGAGUGUGGUGGAGUCUCCUCGAGAGCGACGCAGCAUCCAGACGGUGGUUCUGAACGAAGCCGUGUUUGUGCAGUAUCUGGAUCCAGGCACAUGGCACCUGGCCUUUUACAAUGAUGGCAAGGAGAAAGAGUCUGUGUCCUUCAGCACGGCUAUAUUAGACUCAGUGCAAGAGUGCCCGAGGAAUUGCCAUGGAAACGGCGAAUGUGUGUCAGGAGUGUGUCACUGCUUCCCCGGCUUCCAUGGCAUGGACUGCUCGAAAGCUGCAUGUCCAGUGCUCUGCAGUGGUAAUGGACAGUAUGAUAAAGGCUCAUGUACGUGCUACAGUGGAUGGAAGGGGCCAGAGUGUGACAUUCCUAUAAAUCAAUGCAUUGAUCCUCAGUGUGGUGGCCAUGGAACCUGCAAGGAGGGCACCUGUGUCUGUUCACUGGGUUACAAGGGAGAGAACUGUGCUGAAGUGGACUGCCUGGACCCUUCCUGCUCGAAUAAUGGUAUCUGUGUGAGUGGUGAGUGCCACUGUAAGCCAGGCUGGGGAGGAACACACUGUGAGCUGCCCAGAGCCCAGUGCCCUGAUCAGUGUCACGGUCAUGGUGCCUUCAUUCCUGACACGGGCCUAUGUAGCUGCGACCCUAACUGGAUGGGCCCAGACUGCUCCAUUGAGGUGUGCUCAGUGGACUGCGGGACUCACGGCGUGUGUAUGGGUGGCUCAUGCCGCUGUGAAGAAGGCUGGACAGGGGAGGCAUGUGAUCAGCGUGUGUGCAGUCCCCUGUGUGUAAAGCAUGGCACCUGCAAAGACGGCAAGUGCGAGUGUCACCAGGGAUGGAAUGGAGAACACUGCACCAUCGACUAUUGGGAUGAGACUAAAGAAGAUGGCUGUCCUAACCUGUGCAAUGGCAACGGGCAGUGCACCAUGGGACAGAACAGCUGGCACUGUGAGUGCAAGACAGGCUGGAGGGGCACUGGGUGCAACGUCGCCAUGGAAACCUCCUGCGCAGACAACAAAGACAAUGAAGGAGAUGGUCUGACAGACUGCAUGGACCCAGAUUGCUGUAUCCAGAGCCCAUGUCAGAACAGCCCACUGUGUCGUGGCUCUCGAGACCCAUUGCAGGUGAUCCAGCAGAGCCAGCUGCCAGUGCAGAAGGUUCGCUCCUUCUAUGAGCGUGUCAACAUGCUGGUGGGCCGGGAUAGCACGCAUAUUAUUCAGGGAGAAAACCCUUUCAAUGCCAGUCUGGCAUCCCUGAUAAGAGGCCAGGUUCUGACUACAGAUGGAACCCCCCUGGUGGGGGUCAACGUGUCCUUUGUUAAGUACCCCCACUAUGGAUAUACCCUUACACGACAGGAUGGAACCUUUGACCUCAUCGCUAACGGAGGUGCUUCUCUCACACUGCAUUUCGAGCGCGCGCCAUUCCUGAGCCAAGAGCGCACAGUGUGGCUACCGUGGAACAGCUUCUAUGCCAUGGACACGCUCAUGAUGAAAACGGAGGAGAACACAAUCCCAGGCUGCGACUUGAGCGGUUUUGUGAGGCCUGAUCCAGUUGUGGUGGCUUCACCUCUGUCCUCGUUCUUUAGCUCUCGGCCCGGAGAAAGGUCCAUUAUCCCAGAGACUCAGGUUCUUCAUGAAAUGAUUGAGAUACCAGGCAGCAAUCUGAAAUUGUGUCACCUGAGCUCACGGGCAGCAGGCUACCGCUCCCUGCUGAAGAUCACCAUGACCCAGGCGGUGGUGCCCCUCAGCCUGAUCAAGGUGCACCUGAUGGUGGCUGUGGAAGGUCACCUCUUCCAAAAGUGGUUCCACGCCUCGCCCAACCUGGCCUACACCUUCAUAUGGGAUAAGACAGAUGCUUAUGGUCAGCGAGUCUAUGGCCUUUCUGAGGCAGUGGUCUCCGUGGGUUAUGAGUAUGAGACAUGUCCUAGUCUGGUGUUAUGGGAGAAGAGGACAGCUGUGCUGCAGGGGUAUGAACUUGAGCCCUCUAACCUUGGAGGAUGGUCUCUGGACAAACACCACAUCCUCAACCUGCGCAGUGGGAUCCUUCAUAAAGGCUGUGGGGAGAACGUCUUUGUUUGCCAACAGCCCCCAGUCAUCACCAGCAUUAUGGGUAAUGGGCGUCGACGGAGUAUCUCGUGUCCGAGCUGUAACGGAUUAGCAGAUGGGAAUAAACUGUUGGCACCAGUCGCACUGGCAGCGGGUAUCGAUGGCAGCCUGUACGUGGGUGACCUGAAUUUUGUGCGCAGGGUUUAUCCGUCUCUCAAUACUACUCGUGUGCUAGAACUCAGAAAUAAGGAUUUUCGACACAGCAACAACCCAACACAUAAGUACUUCCUGGCUGUAGACCCAGUUACAGGGGCUCUGUUCAUCUCAGACACAAACUCUCGAAGGAUUUACAGAGUGCGUUCACUCACUGGGGGUCGGCUACUGGCUGACAAUGCUGAGGUGGUAGCAGGAACAGGAGAGCAGUGUCUACCCUUCGACGAGCGGUGUGGGGAUGGAGGAAAAGCUGUGGAGGCUACUCUUAUGAGCCCAAAAGGUAUUGCAGUUGACAAAAAUGGGCUGAUGUUCUUUGUGGAUGCCACCAUGAUCAGGAAGGUGGACCAGAAUGGGAUUAUCUCUACACUGCUGGGGGCUAAUGAUCUCACUGCUGUACGGCCACUCAGCUGUGACACCAGCAUGGACGUCAGCCAGGUGCGUUUGGAGUGGCCCACUGACCUAGCAGUCAACCCCAUGGACAAUUCCUUGUACGUUUUAGAGAACAAUGUCAUCCUACGCAUCACUGAAAACCAUCAGGUAAGCAUUGUGGCUGGGCGGCCCAUGCACUGCCAGGUUCCAGGCAUCGACUACUCCCUCAGCAGGCUGGCUAUCCACUCAGCACUGGAGAGUGCCACUGCCAUUGCUGUCUCCCAUUCUGGCGUCCUGUACAUUGCUGAGAGCGAUGAGAAAAAAAUAAACCGUGUCCGGCAGGUCAGUGCCAAUGGUGAGAUCUCAUUGCUGGCUGGUGCCACCUCCGAGUGUGACUGCAAGAACGAUGUCAACUGCAACUGCUUUGCUGGCGAUGAAGGCUAUGCGACUGAUGCCAGCCUCAAUGCCCCCACCUCACUAGCAGUGGCUCCUGACGGCACACUCUACAUCGCUGACCUCAACAACAUCCGCAUUCGUGCUGUACAUGCCAACCGCCCAGGCCCAAAUGCAGCAGGCCAAUAUGAAGUGGCAUCACCACGAGAACAGGAGCUCUAUGUGUUCAGUGAGGAGGGACUCCACCUGCAUACCAUCAGUCUGGUCAGUGGAAUGAGUCUCUACAACUUUAGCUACACGCCUGAAGGAGAGCUUGCUGCUGUCGUGGAUAACUGUAACAACACUGUGCUAGUGCGCAGGGAGGGUGGCGGCCUGAGUGGAGCUAGCACAGUUAGACUCCACCUACUGCCUGACAACAAGGUGUUAACUGUGGGAAUGGAUAUAGGAGGCAGUCUGCGCUCCAUCUCCACUGCUGACCAAGAGAUUGUACAGUUCAGCUACAGUGGAAGCACAGGCCUGCUGGCCAGUAAGGCUGACGAGACAGGCUGGACAACAUUUUACGAGUAUGACAGCGAGGGAAGGCUUACCAAUAUGACCUAUCCGACCGGAAUGGUGACAAGCCUACACAGAGAGAUUGAGAAAUCCAUUAACAUUGACAUCGAGAGCUCAAACAGAGAUGAUGACAUCACUGUCAUUACAAAUCUUUCAUCAGUAGAGGCGUCCUACACUGUAGUGCAAGAUCAAGUACGGAACAGCUACCAGCUGUGUAACAAUGGCACACUGAGAGUGAUCUAUGCUAACGGGAUGGGUAUCAGCUACCACACAGAACCUCACAUUCUGGCCGGUUCUGUGAGCCCUACCAUUGGCCGCAGAAACAUCACCCUGCCCACCGACAAUGGUCUCAACUCCAUAGAGUGGCGACUGCGUAAGGAGCUGACCAAGGGCAAAGUCACGGUGUUCGGCAGGAAACUAAGGGCCCACGGACGCAACCUGCUCUCCAUCGACUUUGACAGAAACACGCGGACAGAGAAGAUUUAUGAUGACCACAGGAAGUUCACACUAAGGAUCACUUAUGAUGCUCAGGGCAGACCUGCUAUUUGGCAGCCCAGCAGUAGCUUGGCUGUGGUAAACGUUUCCUACUCCUCCACAGGACGGCUUGUGGGCCUGCACCGUGGCAGUAUGAGUGAGAGGACAGAGUUUGACCAACAAGGACGAAUCCUCUCCCGCACGUUUGUUGAUGGCAAGGUGUGGAGCUACAGCUACCUGGACAAGUCCAUGGUGCUGCUCCUGCAGAGUCAGAGGCAGUACAUCUUUGAGUUUGAUCCAUCUGAUCGUAUCACUGCGGUCACCAUGCCUAGCGUGGCUCGGCACACAAUGUUUACCCAUGUCUCCAUCGGCUAUAUCCGAAACACUUACAACCCCCCUGAAAGCAAUGCCUCCAUCAUCUAUGACUUCAGUGAAGACAGCCGCCCUCAGGCCACAUACUUCCUGGGUACAGGACGCCGUGUCCUUUACAAAUAUGGCAAACUGGCCAAGCUCUCUGAGAUUUUAUAUGACAGCACUGCUGUCACUUUUGGCUAUGAUGAAACAUCUGGUGUACUCAAGAUGGUCAAUCUGCAGAGUGGAGGCUUCUCUUGCACUAUAAGAUAUCGUAAGAUGGGACCCCUAGUGGACAAACAGAUCUACCGCUUCUCUGAGGAAGGCAUGGUGAAUGCCCGCUUUGACUACACCUAUCACGACAACAGUUUCCGCAUAGCAAGCAUGAAGCCAGUCAUCAGUGAAACACCACUACCUGUGGACCUGUACCGCUAUGAUGAGAUUUCUGGCAAGGUGGAGCAUUUUGGCAAGUUCGGUGUCAUUUAUUAUGACAUCAAUCAGAUCAUCACCACAGCUGUAAUGACACUUAGCAAGCACUUUGAUGCACACGGCCGCAUAAAAGAGGUGCAGUACGAAAUCUUUCGCUCGCUCAUGUACUGGAUGACGGUGCAGUAUGACAACAUGGGUCGCGUGAUCAAACGCGAGCUGAAGAUUGGGCCAUAUGCCAACACCACACAAUACCGCUAUGAGUAUGAUGGUGAUGGGCAGCUCAGUGGGGUCAAAGUCAAUGACUGGUCCACCUGGCGCUACAGCUAUGACCUCAAUGGCAAUCUGCACCUACUGAACCCUGGCAACAGUGCCCGUCUCAUGCCACUACGUUACGACCUGCGCGACCGAAUCACACGCCUCGGCGAUGUGCAGUACAAGCUGGACGAGGAUGGCUUUCUCAGCCAGAGGGGCACAGACAUCUUUGACUAUAACUCCAAAGGACAGUUAGUGAGAGCCUACAGCCGUGUAGGAGGAGGAUGGAGUGUGCAGUACCGCUAUGAUGGCCUCGGACGACGAGUCUCCACCAAGAACAGCCUGGGCCAGCACCUGCAGUUUUUCUAUGCAGACCUGAACAACCCAGUUCGAGUCACACAUGUGUUCAACCACUCAAGCUCGGAAAUCACCUCACUCUACUAUGACCUGCAAGGCCAUCUGUUCGCCAUGGAGGUGAGCAGCGGCGAAGAGUACUAUAUUGCCUCGGACAACACAGGAACACCACUGGCCGUCUUUAGCAGCAACGGGCAGAUGAUCAAGCAGGUGCAGUACACGGCCUACGGUGAGGUGUACCACGACUCCAAUCCUGAGUUCCAGCUGGUAAUCGGAUUCCACGGUGGCCUCUAUGAUUCGCUGACCAAGCUAGUGCACUUCACACAGAGGGACUAUGAUGUAUUAGCUGCCAGAUGGACAUCACCUGAUUAUACCAUGUGGCAGAAGAUCAGCAAGGACCUGGCUCCAUUUAACUUGUACAUGUUCAAGAACAAUAAUCCUCUCAGCGAUAUGCUGGAUGUGAAGAAUUAUGUCACAGAUGUAAAGAGUUGGCUGGUGAUGUUCGGCUUCCAGCUCAGUAACAUCAUCCCUGGCUUUCCUAAACACACAUUAUACUUUGUGGAUCCACCAUAUGAGCUACAAGCCAGUCAGGAGUCUGAAAAUGGCCAGCUGAUGUCUGGAGUUCAGCAGGAGGCUGAGAGGCACAACCAGGCCUUCAUGGCUUUAGAGGGUCAGCUGCUCAAUAAAGAUCGACAGAACAAGCAUGAUAAACCAGGCCACUGGUUUGGCACAGUGCCAUCCAUCAUUGGGCGGGGCAUGAUGUUGGCUGUGAAAGAGGGUCGUGUAGUGACAGGUGUCUCUAGUACGGCCAGUGACAACAGCAGGAAGGUAGCUCUAGUUCUCAACAACGCCAUCUACCUGGAGGGAACGCAUUACGUGCAGGAUGGCCACGACUGCCACUUCUUUGUGAAGAUCGGCUCAGCUGAUGCAGACCUGCUGGCGCUGGGCCUCAGCAAUGGGCGCAGGGUGCUGGAGGGAGCUGGUAUCAAUGUUACAGUGAGUGGGCGCUCACGGCGUGGUGUCACUGUAGAGCUGCGGUCGACUGCACUGUCCCUGAGCGUGCGCUACGGCCUGGCGCAGGACACACUGGAUGAGGAACGCGCCCGGCUGCUAGAGCUGGCACGCCAGCGGGCACUGGCAGGCGCCUGGCUGCGAGAGCAGCAGAGGACACGGGAUGGUAAGGAAGGGAGCCGCCUGUGGACCGAGGGUGAGAGACAGCAGCUGCUCUCCACAGGGAGAGUUCAGGGCUAUGACGGUUACUAUGUGCUACCCGUGGAGCAAUACCCUGAACUGGCUGACAGCAGCACCAACAUCCAGUUCCUCAGACAGAAUGAGAUGGGCAAGAGGUAACAGAACUAUGAGCGCAUUCUUAUCUUCUGCAAUCUUCAUUCUCUCUUUCUCUGCACCACUCUUUGUCUCACCCCGUUCUCCUUUUAACUAUAUCUCCUUUACCCACGGAGAAUAAAUAAACUUAUGGGGUAACUCUCUGAACGCUGCAGGGACUUUUAAAAAGAAUAUUAUUAUUACUGCCAUGGGCAAAAAAUAAUUUGCAAGAACUUGUCUUUGUUUUGUGCACUGCAAAUAACUGCAAAUAAAACAGAUCGGCUGUUAAUAUGAAACAAAAUCCCCUUUUUAAAAAAGAUACUAUUUUUACCCAUAUUUUUUGGGUUCGGAGAGGAUGUUGGUGCCAGAUGGUACUUUAUGUUCCUAUGUGAUCCGGAUUGCAGAGAAGACGGUUCUCUUGAGUUGUUACAGAGGCCUAGUCACAACGCUGGAACUGAGCAACGUCCACAAAGUGGAUUAUCAGUCAUAUCAGUCUCAGGCCUCAUAUUCUCAAUAAUAGGACUGCCAACUGCGGCUGCGGCAAGUCCCAUCCACAGACUGCUUUAUGUUUCUUCAAGAAAGCAGAACUCCUACAAAGGAUAACUGUUUGUUUGUUUGAUUUGUUUUUGAUUUUUUAAACAAGGAAAAAUUAUGGCUAUAUUUGCAUAAGGUCAAUGUCCAGCAUAGUUUUGUUUUGUCACUGGAAGAUUAGAAUAAUAUCUGUGGUGUGUCAGAUAACACUGAUGUUCCGAGUGGGCUUUAGAUGAGAUAGUUUUGUACAUCUCAGUUGCAGUAGAUUUGUGAGAUGCUCACCAGGGCACUUCUGUACAGAAACAUCAGAAAAAAAAAGAAAAACAUUCAUGCUAUCAAGAUUAACUGCUUAACUGUAACUAGUGUAAGAAAUUAUUUAUUUUUAUUUUACGUUCUUUCUUUUUAUUUAUGUAUUUAUUAUUCUUAGUACUCAAUGACAAUCAUGAAGACUUCACCAUUUUUAGCCAAGAAAACAGAGUAUUUUCUUUUGUAAAAUAUGUAAGAAAUGUUCAUUAAGUUUUUAUAUUAAUUUUGAGUUGCUUAAGCAAAUUAGUCAUAGACAAAAAUAAUUUAUGUAAAGUGUUCAAAAUUGUUUAUACUUUAAAUAAAGUUUAAAACUGUGAAACUUGCUUUUUUCGAAAUAUCUCUAUGUACAGUGUAUAGAUUUUCCUUUAUGCAGUAGAAUAUUGUUCAUAAUAUCACAUUUUAUAUUUCUAACAAAAGGUGGCUUGUAAUGUGCAAACCUAUAGCUGGUAUAAGACGCUAGGAUCUGUGGCACUCCAAUAUUCCAGAUAAACAGUAUUGAUCCCCAGUUUGAUGUUUUGUUUGAUUAGGUUUGUUUUUAUGCAAAGUUGCUGUACUAGAACCCAAAACCAUAGAAAUGGAUUCUAUCCACUGUGAAGAGACUCAUUAUGGAUGUCAUUAUGUACCAAAUCAGUAUUGAGGGAUUCGUACACUUAAGCAAGUCUUCUCUGAGACCUGAUCAAUAAAAGGUUUACUUCAUGUGA